AUGGCUUCUUUUUGCUUUGGAAAAUCUUGCAUUAUGGUUUGUUAUGUGGUUCUAAUGGCGAUUCUAGUCGAUGGGGCUAAUGCAAAAUGUGCUUUCGAGGCCAUGUUUGCGUUCGGGGACUCGAAUUCCGACACGGGAGGCUUUUUCGCAGCUUUUCCUUCUCAGCCGCCUCCUUACGGCAUGACCUAUUUCAACAAGCCCACCGGUCGAGCCUCCGAUGGAAGGAACUUUGUCGAUUUUCUCGCUCAAUCUCUUGGGCUGCCCUUCAUAAGCCCAUAUCUUCAGUCAAUUGGGUCUGACUUCAGGCAUGGGGCCAACUUCGCCACAGCAGGAUCCACCGUGCUCCAGCCUCAGACAUCCUUAUUUGUCAACGGUGUCAGCCCUUUCUACUUGCAAGUCCAGGUCAACCAAUUGAGGCAGUUCAAGGCAAAAGUUGAGGAAUAUUCCCAAUAUCAAGGACAAACGAACCUUCCUCCACCAGAUGUGUUUGGGAAAGCACUUUACACAAUCUACAUUGGCCAGAACGACAUAACGGGCUAUGCCGGCUCAGGAGGUCCCGGAGGAAUCAAGCAAGUUCAAUCUCAGCUCGUUUCUCAAACAAUUAGCGCCAUUAAGGAAUUGUAUAGUAUGGGAGCUCGCUCGUUUGUAGUGCUCAACAUCGGCCCGGUUGGUUGUUACCCGUCUUUCCUUGUGCAAUUCCCUCACCAAAGCUCUGAUUUCGACGCAUCCGGUUGCUUGGCUUCUUACAACAAUGCCGUGAACGAGUACAACUACGCGCUCAAGAGCUCGGUCGAACAAGCUAGGCAAGAGCUUAAAGAUGCAAACCUCAUGUACGUCGACACUUACUCCGUGAUCCUAGAGCUUUUCCAAAAGCCCACCGACCACGGUUUGCAACAUGGGACCACGGCAUGUUGUGGAUAUGGAGGCGGGCCAUACAAUUUCAACCCGCAGUUGUUGGUGGUGUUUGCUGUGUUAAUUUCAAUUGUAGCAAUGAGUCCAAUAACUGAAGCAAAAUGUGAUUUUAGAGCAAUUUUCAACUUUGGGGACUCGAAUUCUGACACCGGCGGAUUUUGGUCGGCCUUUCCGGCAGCAAAUCCGCCCAACGGCAUGACUUACUUCAAGAAACCGGCCGGACGAGCAAGCGAUGGCCGGCUCGUGAUCGAUUUUUUAGCUCAAGGUCUAGGGCUACCAUUCUUGAGCCCAUAUUUGCAGUCAAUUGGAUCUGAUUACAGACAUGGUGCGAACUUUGCCACCCUGGCAUCCACCGUGCGCGUGCCCCAAACUUCCUUAUUUGUGACUGGAGUUAGCCCUUUCUCUCUCUCCAUUCAGCUCAAUCAAAUGAAGCAUUUCAAAGCCCAAGUUGACCAAUUUCAUUCUAAUUAUUCAGGAAUAAACAAUCUUCCUUCACCGGACGUGUUCGGAAAAUCCCUCUACACAUUCUACAUCGGCCAAAACGACUUCACCGGAAACCUACCCUACAUCGGCAUAAACGGGGUGAAAAAAUAUCUGCCGGAGGUAGUCACCCUAAUCACAAACACCAUCAAGGAAAUUUACGCGUUAGGUGGACGAACAUUUUUCGUGAUGAAUUUAGCACCUAUCGGGUGCUACCCCGCGUUUUUGGUCGAGCUGACUCACACGGCCUCAGACAUAGACAAAUUCGGGUGCAUGAUUUCUUACAACAAUGCUGUGGUAGAGUACAAUUCCUUGUUGAAAGAAGCUUUGAGAAAGACAAGAGGAGAAAUUGAUGGUGCAAAUGUGAUAUAUGUUGACACACAUUCAGUGUUGCUUGAUCUUUUCCAGCAUCCAUCUUCUCAUGGGUUGAAAUACGGAACAAAAGCGUGCUGCGGGAUAGGUGGCGCGUACAAUUUCAACCCGAAAGUAUUUUGCGGGAACACGAAUCCGGUCAACGGGCAGAAUCUGACCGCCGGCGCUUGUACGGAUCCGUACAACUACGUGAGCUGGGACGGGAUUCAUGCGACGGAGGCGGCCAACAAGGUCGUAGCGCGUGCCAUUCUCAACGGCUCCCACUUUGACCCUCCCUUUGCACUUCGUAGCCUCUGUGAUGUUCAGCCAAUUGGUUGA